AUGGAAGAGACCUUAAGGGGAGUGCCAAAUACUGUUGUAUUUUUGGACGAUAUCGCCGUCACGGGAGCCACUAGGGCUAUACAUUUAUGUAAUCUGAGACAGGUAUUGAAAAGGUUGAAGGACAUGGGGUUAACGGUUAAAAUAGAGAAAUGUAAAUUCUUACAAAAUAGUGUCAAAUACCUGGGCUAUAUCAUUGACAAAACGGGCUUACACCCUGAUCCAAAAAAGGUAGACGCCAUAGCUAAUGCUCCACGACCAGCUGACGUCACACAGUUAAAAAGCUUUCUAGGAAUUUUAAAUUAUUACGGUAAAUUCAUACCGAACUUGAGUAUCAUGUUACAUCCAUUACUGAAACUUUUGAAGAAAGACGUCUUGUGGGAAUGGUCGACAGAGUGUGAAAGCGCGUUCAAUGAGGCAAAACAGGCGUUAUUGAGCGACCGGGUACUAGCACAUUAUGAGGAAGGGAGACCCCUUGUGCUGUCGGUAGACAGUAGCGCGUACGGCGUGGGCGCGGUGCUCGCGCACGCGCUGCCGGACGGCGAGCGCCCCGUCAGCUGUGCAUCGCGCACGCUCAACCAGGCUGAGAAACAUUAUAGUCAGUUGGAUAAGGAAGCGCUUGCCAUAUUCUUUGGGGGCAUUCCCCAGACAGCCGCGAGCCGGCUACAGCGCUGGGCCGUCCGCUUAGCUGCGUACGACUUUAAAGUAGAAUUCAUAAGAUCGAGUGAAAACGGUCCAGCCGAUGCGCUGUCCCGCUUACCUUUGUCUAGAUUGGAUAACGAUUUAGAAAAUGUCUGUCGCACAUGUGAAGCAUGUCGUGCGGUCCGAGAUGCACCCCCCCACGCUAGGAUGCAUCCGUGGGAAUACCCACUGGUACCUUGGCAACGUAUUCAUGCAGACUUUGGCGACUGUGCGGGUACAAGGUACCUUAUAAUAGUAGAUGCGCAUUCCAAAUGGAUCGAAGCGAUACCGAUGACCCGCACCGACGCCCAGGCCACAAUUUCAGCAUUUAGAACAGUGUUCGCUAGAUUCGGUCUUCCUGCUCAGCUCGUAACGGACAACGGCCCACCAUUCUUUUCCUUAGAAUUUAAAAGUUUUUGUUCUUUAAAUUGUAUCAAGCACGUGACAUCGGCACCCUACCGACCGCAAGGCAAUGGGGCAGCAGAAAACGCAGUCAAAACAGUAAAGAAAGCUAUUAAGAGGGCUUUACAUGAAGGGGAAUCCGUAGAGAAAGCUUUGAACGUGUUUUUAUUCUCCUAUCGUAACUGUGAACAUGCAACUACGGGAGUUCCGCCCGCAGUCCUUAUGUUAGGACGGCGAUUGCGCAGUCGCUUAGAUGCGCUGCGACCAGACCUGUCUUCAGUGGUACGUGCCGCACAGCAACGUCAGGUAACCAAUGCGGGUGGAACCACCAGAGCGAUGAACAUUGGUGAGCCGGUCCUGGUCCGGAAUUAUUCUGUGAAAGGGAAUAGAUGGGAAAAAGGUAGUAUUUCUGAAAAAACGGGCCCCGUUUCGUAUAAAGUAAGUUUGGACAAUGGAUUACAGUGGCGUAGACACCACGAUCAGAUAUUGCCUGUAAAAGAUAAGUCCCGUUUUUCAUUAGCCCAGGCCAAGUUGAGCUCAUCUCGCGAGAAAGAGGACGUGGGUCGGGAGGAUGCCGAUGAGUCUGAAGACGCGGCGGACGUGGGGGACGUGGGAGUAGAUGAAGGAGAUGCGCGACGGGUCACUGUGCAACCACCGAACGAGGGCGAUUCAAAAUCUCCCACCUCCCCUGGCGCCAAUGCGUCUGCCCGCGCACUGCGUGCAUUCAAGCGGGCAAAUAAAAAAUAA